UCAUGUAUAAGAGAAGGGGAAAGACGGGAAAAGACAUGGUGUGAGCCUUGAAGAUAUUCGAGGAUUCACGUCGCACGAUAUAAUACCUUUUACGAGCUACGUAUAUGUUGUAACGACUACUGACACCGUUUACUGUGUGACUGUCCAUGUGGCUACCAGAUUAUCUCCCAAGUUCCAAUGUGCUCGUGUAUAAUUUUGGUCCAUCCCAUCGAUAAGCUGUUUGGAUUAAUAUUGUCACUACAAUCUGAAUUCGCCCACAAUCGAGCUCAACUUCCUAAUCUCUCCAAACACCAUGGCCACACCAUCAGAUGCCAAACCAACCUACAUUUACAAGCUCAUUCCAACAUCAGCAGCCCCACCUGAUCCCCUUCCUGAACGGCUUCCCGUGAGCGACCUUGACCAGACGGAUGGCUUCAUCCACCUCUCCACCGCACACCAGGUCCCAAACACACUCAAAUGGUUCUUCAAAGACCACGCCCAAGUUUACAUACUCCGCAUCCCAUACGACCCUGUCGAUGAGAAUAUCAAGUGGGAAGAUAUAAAGGCAGAGGUGUGCGGUCCGCGCGGAGGGGAGGGCAUGUUUCCACACCUCUACAACGAGUUUAAGCUGGGCAAGGACGAGGUAGAGAGCGUGCAGUUGUGGGAGAAUGGGCCUGGUGGAUGGGACUCGGUUCUGAAGGCAGCAGAGGGAUGGCUUGUUUAUUGAUGCGUGUUGUUCGCGGGGUUAUGGCUAUAGUGUGCAUAUCCGGAAAUCCGGACCUGCUCCAAGACCUUCAACAGGCUGUAGCUCAAAUGAAGAUGAUUCGAUCCAGACCAUGAAUUCACACGAACUUCACAUGCAUGCCUUUACGGCACAUUUACUUCUGAAUCUGCCGUGCCAGUCUGAGGUCAUGUUCAAACAACAUCAUAUGUCACUCGAACCGAAUUCCGAACACUUUGUAUCUUCGUUCAUGAUCAACAUACUAUGAGUGUCUUGCUCAGUGUCCUCUGUGUCCGUACUACUGGUGUGCAUCUUGCAUGCAGUGUCA